GACAUAUUUUUUGUGUAUCACGUGUCACGUAUAAUAAAUAUCACGUUAAUCAGGGCAUAUGAACGAAAGCGAAAAUCAUCUAUUGCGAAAACGCAAGUUCGGGGAAAGUUUUGCAUUGUUUCGUAUUUUUUGCCAAAAUAUUCGGAACAGACCCAGAUGAUUCAUUGUGCAUUUACGGUAUAUACAUUUUGAACAUUAUUACUGAUUUAUGUUAGACACACUUUGCCAUUAGUUUCGCAUUGAUAUACUAAGAGCACAUGCAACGACAAACAGCGGGAAAGAUGCAGAAGUGCAAGUAAACGACAUGCUUUGCAGAAAUUUCAUUAGGCUUAGAGACUAAUUGCAUAUAUUUUGAUUCCACAAAUAUGAGUAGCAAAGCACUGAAGAAAGAAGAUGUUAAGAAGAAUCUUAGAUCCCUGCUUCUGUCUGCACCAGCUGCACUGACAAUCGACGAAUUAAAGCGUGACUACCAUGACUUUAUUAUGGAGCCGAUUCCCUAUAGGGCACUGGGAUACGUCACUCUGGAAGAUCUUCUCAAGGACAUGCCAGAUGCCCUGCAUGUGACAUGGAGGAAAGGUGUGAUGUGUGUUGCUGGCAUUGCUGAUUCUAAUACGGCUCACAUCCAAAAACUUGUUUCUAAACAGAAAGUUGCUAACAAAAACAAAUGGGCUACUCUCAGAAAAGGGGGCCCUCCGCCACAGAGACACAAAACCCAACAUCCUCGACCUCUUCCUACUGUGCCACCUUUCAUAAGACACCAUCUAGGGCAACUGUUUAAAUCGUAUCCAGAUGGUUUACCAUUUACACAUUUUGAUGCUGCAUUCUCUAAAAGGUUUAACAUUCAAAUUGAUCCUAUCAGACUAGGGUUUUCUUCUUUGAAAGAAUUAUUACAGACUGUGCCACAUAUUUUGGAAGUUAAGGAGCUGCAGAAUGGAGAAGUGCGUGUGUGUCCAGUUGCCAGUAGUUCUAAUAAUUGGCCACAGCAGUCUAAAGAACAUCCUUUUCACAAGUCAUAUCAGCCAAAUUUACCACCAAGGCUGGAAAGACAAAGGUCUUCAGAAAACAAGAACAAUGCACAGCCAUGUCUUAGUUCAACAUUUCCAUCAGGAAUUGCAGAAGAGAUGAGAAAUGUACAACCUAAGCCACAGAUAAAUCCAUCUCAGUCACAGGGUGUAGGAAGAGGGAAGAAAAAGAGUUGUUUAAACAGACAGAAUGAUGGCCCUAAACCAAGGCGACGGUAUGAGAGUGAGGAAAGCUCUGGGACAUUCUCAUCAGAUGUCAGUGUGGACUUUGAAAGCACCAUCAGUCAUCAACUUCUGUAUGAACUUCAACAGGUCUUAAGUGAAAAGCCAGAGGGACUCUGGGCUACUAAACUACUAGCAGCUUACAAGGAGACUUUCAAUAAAGAGCUAAAACCCCUGGACCAUGGUUACACUAGUAUAAUAGAAUUGUGUUCAGCAUUGACACAAGUCAUCAGAAUGGAAAGACCACAUUCUAAGGGAGACUGGAAAUUGUUUGACAAAAGACUGCCCUCCCCUCCACAAUUAGAUAAAGCAGAACAGAAUGAGGCAUCAGGCCGCCAGAGACACAGCAGUGAGUUGUAUGCAGACAGUGUCUUCAAGGAAACCGUUCGCCAGGUUUUACAGGCCCAUCCUGAGGGAGUAAGACUACAGGACCUUGGUAGAGUGUUUCAGGAAGAAACGGGCAAAUCUCUGGAAUGGGAAAAGCUGGGAUUUACAAGAAUUGAGAGCUUUGCUCUCUCCAUGGCAGACACCGUCCUACGAUUCGAAUACAAAGGCAAUAAUUACAUUUCCCUGUAUGCCAUUGAUGAUGGAUCUCCACCCAGAACAAACCUCCUCAAACCAAGGGAAGCCACAUAUCAGCCACCGGCUAUUGCUUCCCCACCAUGUGAACGAGUCACAGACAGCAACAUUCCCUCAGAUGCCAUUGGUGUUGGCAGUUACUACAGCCAGGUUGAUCUUCCUCCCUGUAACAGCUGGAUAGAGGUUUAUGUUUCCAAUAUUGCAUCUCCAGGACAGUUCUGGUUCCAACUCCGAGGGACCAAGACCUCUCUAGCACUCGAAAAACUGAUGAAUCAUUUAGAAGAAACCUAUUGUGGAGAGUUUGGCUUAAAGUAUAGCAUUCCCAGUGAAAUGGUGACGGUGGGCCUCAUUGUAGCAGCAAUAUUUCCCGAGGAUGACAACUGGCAUCGCUGUGUGAUUACUGGAAUGUCGCCUGGAAACUAUGUAGAGGUAUACUUUGUGGACUAUGGGAACACAUGUGAAGUUCAUCGAAAUAAUAUACGUUUAUUAAGAUCAAAGUUUUUUAAACUGCCAGCACAGGCUAUUACAGGCCGACUAUCAAACAUCCAACCAGAAGAAGAUGAAUGGAGUUUGGAAGCCAAUGCCUGCAUGCUGAGGCUUGUCAGGUGUCGACCGCUAGUGGCCAUAGCAACAUCAGAGAAGAGUCGUGUAAUGUCCCUCUGCCUGAGUGACACUUCCGGGAAAGAAGACGUCCACAUCAACGAUAUCCUGAUCCAAGAGGGCCACGCCCAGUUUGUCAUUGAUAAUCCUGACCUUGUCUACACUGAGGACCCACAAGUGAUUACAGACUUCCCCUUCUCAUGUGAAUCCGAGACAGGGAGCACAUUCUCAGAAUCCACAUAUUUUGAAAAUUUGGCAUCUCUUGGCUCAUCAGAGACCGCUAGUAGACAUUAUGUUCUACAGCUGCAGUUGACCUCAGCUGUGAUCCAUUUAAUUAACCUGGAGGGAGUGGCCUAUCUUCUCUCUUCUGAGAUCUCGUCUUUCUUCUGGGACGAUGAUGUCCUAACCUCCAUGUUAUUCCAGAAGAAAUCACACAUCAACAAAAUCAAGGUCACUGUGGAGGAAUAUCCUGCAUUGUUCCAUGAACUUUAUCAAUAUGGAGUAAAAAGUGUCAAGCAGAAAGUGCUCACCCUUUAUGAACUCAGCGGUGUUCCUGAUAUACUCCGGCUGUUCCAGUGUAAAUCUGAAGAAUUUAAGCAGAAUGUGCCACAGCUCAUAGAAAGUUUUGAUCCAGAAGACCCCUACUGGAAGGGUGAAGACUUUGAAAUGACAGGCAGUGAGAUGGAGCAACUCAGCACAGAUGAAAUUAACGAAACUCUGCAGAUUCUACAAUUCAAAAGGAAACGCGUGUUGCAGUCAAUGCUGAGCAGCACUGAAAACACGGAGGAAGUUGUAAAUGAACUUAAUGAAGUUGAAACCAAAAUAAAACAUCUAAGGAGUUUGAUGAAAAGCAAACAAGACAUUUCUGGUAGGGAAUCUGAGGCUAGUGUUAUAGGGGCUGAGAGUAGAGUGGUGGAUCCGGGACAGUUUUUGGAUGUACGGAAGGAAGAAAGGAGGUCUCUGCCAGUGUCUCCACAAAAAAUAGUGUUUGGAACUGAUUUAUCCUCCAAGCCGGUAGCCACAGUCGCCAGUAUGCCCCAACCAAAGCCAGCUGUAACAGAAUCACCAGUACUUACUGAAAAUCCAUCCAUUCCUCCUCUGAAUGCAGCCAGCAUCCUACAACAAAUCACUCAACAACAACAGCAUCUCAACAUGUUCCAGACCCUCCUAUUGAAUCAGUAUACCGGCUCGGCCACCAACUGUCCUCUGGGCCCUGAUCCCUUACUUCAGGUGCCCCCUAAUUCUGCUCCAGGAUUGAACAUUCCAGGUUUGGGAAGGGGUAUGCCUACCCUGAAUAACCCACUGGGAAAUUUCUUGUUACCCGGACUGGUGCCGUUGUUGGAGAAUCUGAAUCUCCGACAGGAUGGGCCCACUUCACAGUCUCCGGGAGGAGGACAUGGACUGCCCAACUUUCAAAAACAAAAUCCAAGUACGGAAUAGCUGAGCAGACUUCUUGUGACUUUUUAUACCAGUGUUUUAUAAGCUUUAAGUUGACCCAGUGAUACUUGUACUGAUGUCCCUUUGAUACGGUGAAAGGAGAAAUGACGUGGGAAUAUUGAAAGAUUUUGGCAUUUUUAUUUGAAUAUUUUAUGUGAAGCGCUAUUGUGGAGAUAUUCAAAUUCUUGUGACCACACUCCUAUUCAAAAUCAUCUUUUUAAAAAAAAAAAAAAAUACUGACAGACUUUGUGUAUGUAAAUAAUUUGUAUUCUUGUGCAACAAUGCUGUUUUCAAUCGAUCAAUAGAAUUAUGUGUUAUGGUGCUUCAUUUUAUAUUCCCAAAGAGGGAACUGUUAUUGUAUAGAGACAGUUGAUUAAAAUGUUCAUAGUAAAGGUCAACAUUUGU